AUGGCCAAGCGGUUCCGUUUCAGGAUAACCCGCGCUUUCCCCUCCUUCCACAGCUGCCGCUCCACCGACGGCGACGUCGCCGUUACCCACGCCGUUAUCCCCAGAUCGCCGGAGAUCGCGGCGGAGGCGCCGGCAGAUAGGUCGGAGGACCCACGGGGGGACUUCCGGCGGUCGAUGGCGGAGAUGGUGGUGGAGAAGGAGAUCUACGACGCCGCCGGGCUGGAGCAGCUGCUCCGCUGCUUGCUCUCGCUCAACGACCGCCGCCACCACCGCGCCAUCACCACAGCCUUCGGCGACAUCUGGGACGCCGUCUUUCCCUCGCCAGCCCGGCUCAGGUGA